AGAAAGUCAUUCACACCUGGGAAAUCAUGAGGGCCCCAGAUAUAGCACUCCAUCUGCUUGAAUUCAAGAAAUGCAAGUAGACACUCAUUCACAGGCUGUACUCGCACUCUCACGUGACCUUUUUCAUCACUGGCAAACGAUUGAAUGCAGCUUCAGGAUUUCUUUCAAUUAAUUCUGCAAAAGAGAAUCUUUCGGUGUCGGUUUGCAGGUGUCUGUGGAUGUGACGGUAGAAUGGGCGAAUCCCGCUGGAUUUGACUGGAACUGUGGAAAUGGAUCCCACAUUCUCACAAGGAGACAAAGAUGCGGUCUCUGUGGAGGAUGCGGGGCCCGUGCGCGUGAGGAUGCGCGAGCGUAUGCUGUGGGACGAGCCGCUGCAGUUCUCCUGGCUGAUGGAGGCCGAGUCAUUCACCUCCUCCCUCCAGACGGGGGGUCCCGUGGCAGCUGGCAUGACCCUCGAGCAGAAGACCACCUUUGCCUUUGUCAUCUUCCUCUUUGUCUUCCUCUGUAUGCUGAUCGUGCGCUGCUUCCGCAUCCUGCUGGACCCCUACCGCAGCAUGCCCACCUCCACUUGGGCUGACGGCCUGGACGGCCUCGAGAAGGGCCAGUUUGACUACACACUGGCAUAGAUCACACACACAAUACACACUCACACACAAACCUCUUAUAACGGUGGGUCUCAUUCGCUAAUAAAAGCGAAGAAAAGUUCUCACUAAAUUUGUGCUGAAUUCACAACUUUGUUCUAACCCUUUUGCUGCUUUUAGUCCAUAUAUAUUAGCUUCAAGGACAUCUGUAAGAUAGUGUACUUCUAAACCAAAUUAGUUUUUUAGAAUCAUGACGUCUCAUUGAGGUUGAUACCUUUGCAGGGCACAUUGAAGGCAGCACAAUCCAUGCUGUAAUUCCAAACAGAAUUUCCAAUAGGAAUGACUUAAAAAGUGAGUUAUCCCCCUUCAGCGUUCUGAAGCUCUCAUAGUGGAGGGUGAUUGUCUUCGAAGGGAAUAGGGCAUAGGAAUGAUCACUUCUGAAUGGGACAUGGGAGCUGGAUGUGAGGUAACUUGCUGGAAUUUAUUCAUAUGUUUAAUGCAGGCAGUAUUUAGAGGUUUCUUGGGAUGCACAGCAUGAGUAAGUGUUCUUUAUUCUUAAACUGUGAUCUUUCAUUGUCUAGUUCCUCAUUCAUCUGUAUUGAUGUGCACAGUUGACUUGUUGGCUGGUUAUGUAGUAAUAUGAAAAAGUGGUCGGACUAUAUUGAGAAUGCUUUUCAGUUUCUCCGUGUGAACACCGGCUCUGGCAUAAGAAACAGCACGGAUUGAUGUGCACUGUAGGCCAGUAAAAGAGCUCUAUCUUCUUCUAAAAAUCUUCAUUUGUGUUCUGCUGAAGAAAGACAGUCAUACACAUCUGGCAUGACAUCAGGGUAAGUAAAUAAGCGAAAAAAAAGAGAACUAUUCUUUUAACACACUCCAUGAGAGUAAUUCUUACGUAUGUGUGGUUCUAAAUUUGGUUUUAAAUUUGAUUUAAGUGUGAAUUUAUUGAUGGUGUGAAAAUGUUUGCACACGGGUUUUACGCACUGUUAGUGAAUGAGACCCAGUGUAACACACAGUAUAAAAUCUUUUAGAACAAACAGUAACACACAUGCAGCUCAUACAUAUACAAUAAACAGACUUUAGCAAAACAGUGUCAUCUUUGUAAUCGAGUACCAAACAUCAUCCUGAAGUCAUGCACAAACACAUGACACUGUGUAGAGUACAAUUAAAUAUGACAUAUGAUAAUCGUGCAUAUGAGCAGCUUAACCACAAGCUUGUAGAGGUGAAUAACAUACAUGUGUAUUAACACACACACACACACACACACUGCCAUCUACAUAUAUGAGGCGUUGUGUCAAUGAAAUGGUGUGGAAUGUUUUAUGACAAGAAUAGAUGGAAUGAAAGCUCUUUAUUAGUAUAGGAAUGUGAGUGCAUCUCUACAGGGUAGAACUCUUUUAUAUCUGUGCUGUUGAUAACUGCCAAGUACAAAUCUCUAAGAGAGUCUCUUUCUAAGACCGUUUAUAAGCACUUCAUAAACACUUGUUAUGCUUCUGUCAUAAAAGUAUUAAAUAGCCUUAAAACGUGCACUGUAAUCGGCCACUGUCAGAGUUUACAUGCUUCAUGACUGCAGUGCUUCUGCUCACAUGAGCCUUUUUAGAGCUCUUUAGAUGAUAUGAAAUCACAAUUAGAUCUAUUAGAUGAGCGUGUGAUAAUGCUGUCAUUCAGCGUUCGGCUUUAAGUGCAUCACACGCACACAUUUAUGUACAUUUGUUGGUGUGUUCAGCCUUAGCAUAAGAAACAAUCUUAUCUGUCUUUAUAUUAAUGGGCUGUAGUUUUAUAAGCCUUAACGUGUGAAGCAGCUGUCAGGGGAAGUGUAAUCUUGAAGAAAAUCCACUUUUAAAAGGUGAUUAUGACAAUAAUAUGAAUUCCUCUCAUGUUCCCGCUGUGAUUAAUUUUAAUUGUGCUUCAUAUUGAUUGUGUAUUUUUGUUGCACUAAUGUAUUUUACCAGCUGUGACUGUGAACGUGCCAAUGAGAGCUGUAGAGUACUUAGUAAAGAACAUUAGUUUGUAUGUAUCAUGAUAAUGAUCAACAAUCACUCAAACUUUUAUGAUGAUAGCUGCUCAUUUUUAUAUGUUGUCUACACCGGAUGUGUCGCAGCGGCUUGAGGCUGUCUACACUGAAAGCAUCCAAGUGAACAUUUAAAAUGACGUGCAGAAAGCAUGGACCAAUCAGCUGUGAGCUCGAGAAGACUUCAGCAGUGGUUAAAUGGGAAAAUAACCUGUAUCCUACUUUUUGGUAUAAACGUUUAACCUAUUAUAUAAUUAGUGGUGCUUGCGAAGCACCAAACUUGUCCUGCACCGUUUGUUGUACAACCUUGAAUGAGGUGUCAAAUCAACCGGCUUAUUGAGGAGAAGUGUGCUAUGACUUUCCUUAGCAAUCGGGUACAAUGUACCCCUGGGGGGGCAAAAAACUGCCCUAAAAAUCCCAUUGACUUAACAUUGGCAAGAAAUUUGUUUGAUCAUAUCUCCGGGUCAGAAAGUCAUAGAGACUUCAGGGUUGGCUUAUUUUACUCGGGCUCACAAGCAGUCUUUGAAUAUCACAUUGGAAACUAGCAACCAUUUACAGCAACCAAAACCCAUAGACUUCCAUUCCAAAUUUAACAAAUGGAUAUUUCUGGAUCAAAUUGUUGUAGAGACAUUAUUGUUGGCUUGUAUGACUCAGACCAGCAAGCAGCCUUUUGAGUAUCACCCUGGUAAUUACCUAGCAACCAAAUUGGGUCACCCUAGCAACCGAGGAGCAAAACACACAUCUCUGCACCAGAAUAUCGUAGAGACUUCCGGGUUGGCUCAUUUGACUCAGGCUAGAAAGAAGCUUUGUUAGUAUCACCCUGGCAACUGCCUAGCAACCAGAUGGGGUCACCCUAGCAACCACAAAACACAAAUCUCUGCACCAGAACAUCAUAGAGACUUUCGGCUGACUCAUUUGACUCAAGAUAGAAAGCAGCCUUUUUAUUAUUACCCUGGCAACUGCCUAGAAACCAGAUGGAACACCCUAGCAACCUAGAACAACACCAAUAUCUCUGCACCAAAAUAUCUUACUGACGUGUGGGUGGCCUCUUUCAAAUUUGGGCACUUGGUGGGACAUUGUGGUGAUGAAUCUUGCCAUGGCAAGCACCGCUCACAUUUUCUUCAGGAAAUGAAGAAAAUAGUAGUUAUUAUUGUAAUGUUAUUGUUAACUUUAAAACUACGUAUACAUGUGGUUAGAAACUUGAUUUGUUUAAAUUAGUAGACCACAGACAAAACAUCAUGAGCAGGCUUUGAUGUAACAGUCACAAAUUAUUUAAUAUAUAAAGAAUAUAAUUCAUGGUAAAGAAAUUCACACAUGAUCUUUGGUAAAUAAAGCCAUUUUGUUAAAGAUGGACAAGCCAAAAUAGUGUCUGGAGCAGCUCAGCAGCGUGUCAGAAAUAGAAUGGGCAUCGGUCUAUUGUCGGCUCUAUGCAAUUUGCAUGGUUAAUGCACGGGCUUUCAUGGGCUGAAGCCCAGGGGCCCAGAACUCCCAGGGGGCCCCUGUCAUGGCAUCUGCCACCCCAUUCUCCUCCGUCGAUGUUCACGGGAGAAACGCAACUAAAUGCUUUCAGCGGGAGACGUUGUUGUAAACACGGAGACAGUGUGCAACCACGAAAGCCAUCAGUGUAGCACAAGUUCAUACAAUAUAUAUAUAUAUAUAUAUAUAUAUAUUUUUUUUUUUUUUUUUAUUAAAUUAAUUUUGUUACACAAUUAAAUUUUAUGGAGUAUUAUGGGUUCUGUUUGCUUCUGAUGCAACGCUCGUCCGGUGUAGACAGGGUGUUAAAGACUGAAGUAUUGUGGUUGGAGUGAAUGUGUUUCUCUGGAUAGAGUUUUAUCUCUUGAAAUGGGUUAAUGGUUGGAAUCAAAGCAUGUGGGGCCUCAAAUCUAUGGGAAUUUGUAUUUAGACCUUCAUACUGUUAUAAAAUCUUCAUAAAAUAAUAAACCUAUGAAACGCGUCUUGCUGACAGUAAGGCAUCAGUAUCCUCAAACACAAGAUGAUUCAGAAUUAUGACACGCCAUUUUAAUGGUGUCAAAACAGCAUUUGUGUUUUAGAGAAAUGAAUAAUAAAACAUCUCCAA